CUGUAGGAACUAGAGAAGCAGGCAGAGAUGAUGGAGUUUAAGAUCUCCCUGAGGGCUCUUUCUGUGCUCCGUUUCAUCACUGAUCGGGUAGACAGUUUGCCACUGAGUGCCCUAACACGGAUGCUGAACACUCAUAAUGUGCCCUGCCUCCUGGUAGAGCUCCUGGAGCAUUGUCCAUGGAGCUGCCGCGAAGCAGGCAAGCUAAAAAAGUUUGAGAAUGGAAUGUGGCAUGUGGUGCCUCCUGAAGACCAUGUGAAGAUGACCAAGCUGGAUGGGCAGGUGUGGAUUGCCCUCUAUAACCUCCUCCUGAGCCCAGAAUGCCAGCGGAAAUACAACUUGGACCGUUUCAACAAGAGCCAGCUCCUAAAGCUCCGUGCAUUCCUGACUGAUGUCCUCAUUGACCAGUUGCCAAAUCUGGUGGAGAUGCAGAGAUUUCUGAGCCACCUCGCAGUGACAGAGCCUGUUCCACCCAAAAAGGACCUCAUCCUGGAACAGGUUCCUGUCAUCAGGGACCGCAUUAUCAGAGAGAAUUCUGGGAAGUGGCAGGCGAUUGCCAAGCACCAGGUGAAGCACAUGUUCAGCCCCUCAGAGGACGAGUUGAAAGACCUGGCGUGCCGGUGGUCACGGACAUACAACCUGGAUGUGAUGGAGGCUCUCGUCCCAGAGAAACCCAAGUGCGGGCUGUGUGGCUCUGAGGCAACAAAGCGCUGCUCUCGCUGUCAGAACGAGUGGUACUGCAAACGGGAGUGCCAGGUUCGGCACUGGCAAAAGCACAAGAAAGCUUGCAACCUAAUGGCUGAUGCCCUGAAGAAAAUAAAAGAGGACCUGAAAGUGCAGCCAUAAUGCAGAGCCAGAGCCUUCCAAAGAGGGACUUCUCCUCCCAGGCAUUCCAGCAAUCUGAGAGCAAAGGGUCGCCAGUCAGAACUAGAGAUGGACAGCCCCUUGUUCAUCUAACCUGGGCCCAGUGCACCACUGCUGCCUGCCUCCUGUUAACUGGGCAUGCUAUGGUAGUGCAUGGGCUGCUCCAGAUCCCAGCCUUGCAGCCUCGGACAGUAGGCCCAGAUCCGCUACCAUGGGAUCAUGCUCAGCUCAGCGGGAGGCAGCAGCCACUGGCCAGCACAACUGCUGAGAUUGGGAGCAUUGGUUCUCUCAUACCCCAUUCUGACUCCUAGUUUCUGAACCUUUCCUUGCUUGAGAACAGGCUGCUCCUGACCUCAGGGACUCAUUUAUGCUAAGCAGCUUUCUCCAUGCUGCCACCCAUGACUCACAAGCAGCUAGUGUUACUGGGCAUCCUACCUGAAGCAGGCGCCACCUGCUGUCAUGCAGCAUGGCAGUGAGCACAGAUCUUGCCACUCUGCGGCAGAGCACAGUGGCAGCUGACAAGUGUGGAACUAACCACUGACU